UCUAAGCGAGUAUCAGGUACAGGCAGGAUAGAUUGAGAGUCGUGAAAAGUUUGCGAACUGCUGCUAGGCCGUUCGUUGCAGUACAGAGAUGACGCUGGCUGUGACGAUGGCGGUGGUGGUUGUCGCUGAUGGUGGCGACUCAUCCUUUGUCUUUGUCGUUUAGGAGUUUGCAUUACAUACUGGGAGACGUAUCUGUAAGAUUGUAAGACGUGUUUUUGGAUAUAAGUUCACUUAAGAAAGUUUCUGAGCUGUUUUAAAUACUUUUUUUUCUUUUAAAAUCGAAACGACGAAAUCACAACAAUGGCGCAUCGGGGUCACUUGACUGCGUCUGACCCCCCCGUCUUUUUGAACAAGACAACACUUUGUUCACUGGGAACAAACUUUCCAUCUAUUGGAUCUGUACUGUUCAGAGAAGACGACAUUUUGUCUCGUCAUGCUUUUGGAGCUGGAGAUGGCUGAAGCAUCUUUGCCCAAAUAUGCAUGAAAUAAUAAGUUUUUAUUUAAUUUUCAGUUUUACUAUUCAGAAUGUAGAGAAAAUACUUAGGAGUAUUGGUUUUUGUCAGCUGAGACAUUAUCCAUGGAAGUGUUAUAAGCUUAUUUAUCUUCAGAUUCUUUGUGGCUCUACAGUGGAGCAGAAUGUGAGUUGUAGUCUUAGAUAUGUAAAUGUUGCAAAAGGAUACUCUUUUCUGUUGUUGCAAAAAAUGAAUUUCUAUUUCUGAAGAUCUGCACUGGUUGCUAGAGAGGGAGUGCCCAUAACCUAGAUCAAACAUCUCUAUUGUAGCUCCCAAAAUGAAAAUUGCACCCUUAAAACUAAAAGUGAAGCAAGAUCCAGGAAUCAUUUUAAAUGAUCACAAAGAUCACUUAAGAGCUCUUGAAGUGGAUAAGCAAAGACAGCAGCCCAUUUCACCACAGAAUAGUCCUUACUUUGGUGAUUCAUCCAUUAAAUCAAACAGAGACUUAGAGUCGUCUUCAUUAUUGUCACUUGAGAUUAGUUCGCCCUUCUCUGAAAAUUAUGACUGUCCAUUGUGUGGUCUGUCACUCUCAAAUGGAGAUGACUUGGAACAACAUGUUGCUGUUCAUGCUGGAGAAAAAGAUGUGUUUGAGUGCAGUAUAUGUUGCAAAACCUACAGUGAGGCUGCCACUUUUGGCAAGCACAUUCGCCAUCAUACUGGAGAGAAACCAUUUAAGUGCCCAACAUGUGGGAAAAGUUUCCGUGAGAAGUGCAGCUUAACAAGACACACCAGAACGCACACUGGGGAGAAACCAUUUAUAUGUGAAAUAUGUGACAAAAGCUUUUCUGAUGUAGGAAGCUAUGGACGUCACAAAAAAACGCAUAUGGGAAGCCGUGCAAAAGUGCACAGAUGUCCACAUGAUAAUUGUGUAAAAAGGUUCAUAGACAAAAGCUCAUUAAAGCGACAUAUUAAGACUCAUUCAGGAGAACGUCCGUACCAGUGCAAGAUUUGUCAGAAAGCAUUUACGGAAUCUGGUAGCUACAAGCGCCAUCUUCGUGUUCACAGUGGGGAGAAGAGAUUCAAGUGCAAAUCUUGUGGGAGAGCUUUCACUGAGAAAGCUUCAAUGCAGCGGCAUCAACGUAAUGUGUGCACAUGGAUCAGUGACCAAUGUGAACCUGAGGUAGACCAGAAUGAAGAGGAGGAUCCUUACUCCCUGCAUGAUUUUUUCAAAUGUAUGGUAGGAAGGGAGAAUGGUAGCAUUGGGGGUGAUCACAUUCUGAUCAGCAAUAAUAACUGUAUCUCCAGCAACUUUGGUCUGCAUAGUAAAGAGAAAGUGGUUGCCUUCAACAAAAGUGACUGUACAAAAACAAAACUUACAGGUGAAGGAGAACAUUUGUUUGAUCUACAGUCAGCUGUCAACACUGAAGAUGGCAGCACAACUCAACACAGCUCUUCCAGCAGUUCAUCACCUAUGAUGCAUGAAUCAGAGGCAGAAGAAAGCACAUUCUGCCCAGUUGCCUUUGCAGAACCAGAAGGAAUGCCCAGGGGGGACUGCACAGCAUUGAGAACAUUGCAGGUUCAGGUGCAGCCUCUGCAGAUGAUCACAAGGAAUGAACCCGCAUGGCCUAAGGACCAGUACAUGUGUUUUGAAUGUGGUGAUGCCAUAAGUGAUUGUGAGGACAGUGAUAGUGUUAGUGGCACCAUAGGAAGCAGCAGUGGCUUCAGCAACUCUGAUGAUGACAGAAAAGCCAGGAGAUGUAAAAUGUGUCGUUUUGAAGCAUCUGCACUUGCAAAUGGAGAGACAUCACCCCCAAAUUUUGAAGAGCACUUACAUCAACUAGGAGAACUCCAUACUUGUACAAAAUGUGGGAAGACAUUCGGUGAUUCCUCAAAACUCAAGCGGCAUUAUAAGAUUCAUCUGGGAAUUCGCAACUUCAAGUGUGAAACAUGCGGGAAAGCAUUCAUUGAGGCAUGUAGCCUUCGUCGUCAUGAGAAUGUUCAUUCUGACGUAAAACCAUAUGUUUGUAAGAACUGUGGCAAGGGUUUUACAGAAAGCAGUGGACUAAAGAAACACCUCAUCAAAUGCAAGGAUGUGCCAAAAGUACAGAUACCUAAAAUUUGCGUUUCUAUAACAUCAGAAAUUGCUUCUGCAAGAGAAGAAGUCCAGCAGGAGAGUAUUUUGCCUCCACUACUGAAUGAUUUAAAGGAUGCAGCUGUCAUCACUUCUUGCAGUGAUGAAGGUAGUGCUAAUACAGAUAUUUCAAAAACUUAUGCCAGUUGCUACUUCCGUAACCAUAGUGACAGCAUGAUUUAUGUUUGCACUCAGUGUGGUAAGUCUUGUGAAGACUCAAGAAGUCUCCGCCGUCACUUAAUUGCACAUGCCAAGCAAAGUGGUAACCCUGCAGAAAGUAUGGUUGGUUUGGAUCAAAUCAGUAAUGCCUUUUCUUGCCCACUGUGCAGUAAGAUGUUCAUUUCUGCACAGUAUCUUAGCCAGCAUAUGAAGAAUCAUGGGGUUGAUACUGCUGGACCUCAUUCUUUACCACAGACUAGAUUUUCUGCUAGCUCAUCUUCCUUACACUUCACACCCGAUUCCAGCAAUGUCUCUGAAGCUAAUGUGGAAAAUUUUUUGAGUGCCAAGUCCUUACAGUUUGCUCACCCAAAUAUUUCUGGAGAUAUGUCUCCACACCAGAUGUCUACUUCACCACUUCAAGUCAACCAGGGUACCCCCUGUAAUGUUUGUGGAAAGACAUUUGCAGAUGCCAGCAGCCUCAAGCGUCAUGCUCGACUGCAUUCUGAAAGCCAACACACUUGUGAAAAAUGUGGCAGAGCCUAUCCAGAUCAGGGAGGGCUGACAAAGCAUCGUCACCGUGGAUGUGUAUCUGUGCCAAUUAAUACCCAAGGCAUUGAUGAUCAUUUUACUGAAGAUGGAGAAAAACAAACUUUGUAUCCUUGCACCCAAUGCAGUAAAAUUUUCAUAACAAAAGAACUCCUGAUUGGUCAUGAAAUGGCACAUCGAGUAACUCCAUCACUUCGCUGCACAAUUUGCCGCAAGUCAUUUUCUGAUGCUGCCAGUCUCCAUCAUCAUUCCAUAAUCCACUGCAGAAAGCGGCCUUAUCCAUGUGAUGUGUGUCUCAAAGCUUUUGCUGAUGGUGGUUCUCUUGCCAAACAUCGAAUAAGAGGCUGCUACCCUGUGUCUGCCACAUCUGUGGACACCUCCAAGCUUCCAUGUGCCGACUGUGGCAAGAUAUUCUCAGACCAGACAAGUUUUGAUCAGCAUAUGAGUUCUCAUCGUGGUGUAAAACCCUUCUCCUGUUCCCAAUGUGGCAAAAGUUUUACAGAAGCUUGCAGCCUUAAACGCCAUAUGCGACUGCAUACAGGCCAGAACUUGUGCCGUUGUUUGCAUUGUGGAAGGACAUUCCUGGAAAACUCAGGUCUCAAAAAACAUCUGGAACGGCGUUCAUGCCAGCGGGAAAAAAAAGCAGUAAAGUCUUUUUUGUACCCUUGUACAGUUUGCCACAAGAUUUUUACUAAACGCUACAUUCUGUUUCGACAUAUGAAAACUCAUCUUGGUUUGAGGCCUUACAAGUGUAACUACUGUGAUAAGGCUUUUACAGAGUCCUCAAGCCUGAAGCGACACUGUCGCCAGCAUACAGGAGAGAGACCAUAUAGUUGUUCAGGCUGCAGUAAAACAUUCACUGAUGCUGGGGUGAUGAAGAAGCACAAGCUGCGCUGCCCAUUUAUGGUAGAGGAAGACAGCUGGCAUCCAUCUGACUAUUCUAUUGUUGCUCAAGAAUCAUUUAACAACAGCACCACUGGAGAUACCUCUACAGUUUCAAGCUCUUCAUUUACAGUCAGUCACUCUAUUCCCUCCAUGCCAGUCUCCACCAGCAGGGUAUUGCCCGGACAAGUACCAUUACAACCAUUCCCCAAGAUGGGAUGCUGGCGGUGUGGCAAACGUGUUGUAGAUGCAGGCGAGUUGGCACAACACAAAAAGGCAGCACACGCAGGGACAUGGCCAUUCAAAUGCCUUUACUGUUGGCAACGAUUUACAAGCCUUUCUUACUUGCGCCUCCAUAGGAAGCGUCAUUCCUUCAGAAGAAAAAGACUAAAUGGUAAAAGCAGCAGAGCAUAAACAGAAAAGAUGGAGCUGAGAACACCACUUGAGCGCCCCUACCCUGGUUGCCUUCAUUUUUAGUGCCUUUAUUUUUGCCCUUGAUCUGUGCUAGAAUGCUAAUUUUUGUUUUUAUUAUUUUGUUUAAAAAAAUUUAUGCCAGUGUACAAAACUAUAUUUCAUUGACUCAUAUUUAUUGGCAGCUUAUUUUCAUCAAACCUAAGAAACAAUCUACCUCUAUAUACUCUAACAUAUUCAGGUUCUCAGAAUUUCUUUCCACUGAAACAUUUCUUUUAUCCAUGUUUGUCACUAAGGUUUUUGAAUUGGACUUUUUCUUAAAAAAAAGCACAAGUCAGCAUGAGUCACUAAAGUGCCUUUUUGCCUUUUCAACUGUUACAAAAAUUGUUUUCCCUGAAAGCAGCUGGUCACUCAUUCCUAAAAGAUGCUGAUAAUCAUUCUCCCAUGUCAGCCAUACUGAAAUACUUCUUGAUACUGAAGUCAAAACCUAGUCAUCAUUAGAGCAUUGGUAUAGUAAAAGAAAAGAACAUUAUGAUCAAUACUUAUAUUCCUUAUUUACCUCUACCAGAAAAUACUUGUUAAGAAGAUUGUGGUAAUCUGUGGUUUACUUCAUCGUGAUGUGGCCACUGCAGUGUUAUCUGCCUGUCACAUAAUCCUGUUUGGUGCGAGUGACCAGAGGCAGUUGUGUAUGACCCUGUAUGUGUCUUGGCUAGGUACUUCAUAUGCCAGUAAUCUGAGAGCUAAUUUGGUGGGUUAGCAUAUAUAUAUAUAUCUAAAGACAGCAGUUCCAAGUGCAAUUUCUUUGUAAACACUAGAAAGGGUGUUAAUCAUAGCUCAUGACUUCAUUCCGUCUGUUCUGUUUUGAGCUGCAUCUACUCCAUUAUUUUAUAAAAUACUUCUGCUUCACUAUGUACCACAAUUAAAUCACGGUUGAGUUUUUUUUUUUAAUAGGCUGGCUGCAUGUGAAAAAUUGGGAAGAAGUAAUCCAUUGUUGGCAAUGUGGAUUGCUAAAACUGUAAAAUUUGAUUUAUUCUGCUGAACAAAUGCUGGCAAUUUUUAAAAUAAGUAUUAUAUGCCAUAAGGGCAUGUGAACAUGCAGAAUUCAUUCUUACACAAGCACAUUUACGUGUAAAAUAGCUGUGGAGGCUUUCUCAGCGUUUAGAUUUGUUCUUGAACUAGUUACUUGAACUUGUCAUUGACCAUGAACAAUGUAAGUACAAUAAAAGCACACCCCUACCCGCCAAAACAUAAUAGUCUUACAGUGUAAGGAAUUGUCAUUUCAGAAUCUACAACGUAGUCUGUGCAUGCUAAUUGUAGACAUUGGUGCUUUGAGUUUACGAUGCAGAGUAAAUAAUUGCCCUUUUAUGUUACUUAGUCUACAUUUUAAAAUGUUAUAAUUAUUGAUUUCUUGCUGUCUUUGACUGGGGAGAUGUUCCAUUUCAGACACUUCUGAAAAUUCUUCAGAUUUAAAAGUUGCCAUUUUUGCCUUGAAGAUUUUUAUUUUUGCUUUAGCUUGUUGCUUUAUUUCAGUAUAAAGGUAUAAAGUAUAAAAAUUAUGGUUUUAAUAAUAUUUACUGGUAUCUCAUCAAGCUAUAAAUAGAAUUUGUCCAUAGCAAUGUGGAUUUUAUGUUUAACAUGACAAACAUUUAUAAGGUGUACAUUUAUUGUCAUUCAUCAUUAAUGUAGACAUGUGCAUCAUGUAUAAGUCAAGAUCAUUAAUACUAAUAAUAGUAUUAGGAUCAUCUUUGUUUUAAUGAGAGAGAGAAAGCAAGUAAAGCACUUUUUGCAGUUUUCAAUAUCUUGUGGUGCAAAGCUUUAAAUAGAGAUAAUUUUAUAAAAUCCUCUAAAACUGGGAAUAUUUUGUCUGACAGUUUUUACUUCCAUUCCUUAACUUCCUGGGACCACAUCUGCCUACUGUCUAUAAACUUUGCCUGAGUGGCAUAGAAAAUUAUAGAAUAUUUUAAAAAUCUCCAUCUAGUUAUUGAGAGCUAGUUUUUGUAAAUUGUGACAGUUUGAAAAACAGUUUUCAUUUGCAUUGUUUGGCUUUGAUAAAGAGCUGUUUAAUAGGAAUUUUACUGUUGUAUUCAAUAGUCAUGCAGAAAUGGAUCUGUGCUUAGUUUUAAUAAUAAAAUGAAUAGAAGAUUGUAUGGCAUAGCAUCACAAAUAGAAUAUGCACUUGCUAUGGUGGUUACAGUACAUUUGCUCAGAUUAAACAACAGUUAAAAAAAUUUAAAUCAUGAAAUGGAUGUUAACAUUAGUCAAGCAGGAUAAAAGAUGCGCAAAAAAAGCCAAUGUAUGUAAUAUGCAAACAACAUGUAUCAGAAGUUUGGAGUAUUGUUUCUGAAAGAUAUUUUUGGAAAGGCACAUAUAUUUAUAUUUAUAACCCUAACCCUGUAUUAGUACCACAGCUAAGCAUAAAUUUUUUUCUUGCAAGGACUUUACAGAAAAAUAAACUUCAGGCCUAUUCAACAAAUGUCCAAUGCCCCUCUUUAAGGCAAACGGUGGAAAUUUACAGGUGAUUAACACCACUUCAAAGCUUCACAUUGGGGGAUAUUGUGAAAUCAACUGAUGUUUAUAAAAUUAUUGGUGAACUAGCAUCAGAUAUUUUCCAGGUCUUAUGUAGCCUUUGUUUAGGGCCCUAUAAAUGUGCCAUCCAAGCUUGAUAUAGAAGAAAAUUAUGUGAAAAUGUUGAACUGAUACCUGUCUAAAUCUCCUUGUCUACAAACUUACUAGUGACACAUGCUGCAGGAGAUGAACAUGGCAGCUGGAUCCUACUGCUCGAAAUUACUGAGUAGGACUAAAGUUCAUUCCUUCUGUAAAGAUCUUUGUAAAAACAAAAAAACAUCUUGAGCUAUGCUGCAUGAGUCUUGAAGCUCAACACCUGCUCACUCUGAUGCUUAUGGAUAAUUGCACAAAAAGGAAAUACUCAUCAAAUUCAACAAGGUAUUGUACAAAUGGCUACUUGCAGAAAGAAUUAUGUGAUUGCCAGAAUGGGAAGGAUACCUAACUUUUACCAUGGUAUUAAUGCCAGAACCCAAGAUAUUAUCAUUAGCUACCAAUAAGGACAGCUAUUUGUAAGUUAAUAUUAGUCAUUUGAAAAGCUUUGUUUGUCUGCCAAACUACCCAUAUUAGGUUUGAUUUCAGGCCUAUUUCAAGAUGACUGGUUGUAAGCUUUCUAGCCUCAUUUACACAUAAUCACUUGCAUGUGCAUGUGUGUGCACGUUAUUUCAUGGAAUACCAGUGCAUGUGCUUCUUCUAAUCUAUUUGGUGAAAAAUCACCUUAAAAUUAACUUUUCUGAGCUAAUUUCAGUAUUCAGUGAAGGUGUAAGCAUUUUUUAGAAUUUGGGUGUGCUGCAGAGGCACAUACAGUGAACAGGGCUGACGAGACAAAGCAGGGUCUUAUCUAUAACUUCUUUGUUAAGACCUUGGCAAACUUGUGGAUCUGAUCAUUCUUAGAUAAUUUGAAAAUGUUCUUGUUUCUCAUCAGUUUUAUAUGUAAUGUGCUUGUGUACAAGAGACUGGGAUUUUUUCCUGAGUUCUGAAAUGCUGUUUGUUCAACUAAGACAUUUCCGGACAGUUUGACUACAAGUGUGAUAAAUAUCUAGCAUUGUACAGUGAUUUUAUAUCCUGUGUAACACCGUGCCAAAUAGAUCUAUGCAAAAUAUAUAAUAUCAAUGUAUGUCAUUAAUAAAUGCUGGAGCUGUUUAUUCCCAACAGCACUUUCAGCAUAACAGCAAAGCUAUUUGCACUAUGAAUGCCUAUAAAAUGUGUAGAACUUGCACAAAUGUGCGAAUAGAUCUGUACAGUGCCUUUUAAACUUACAUGGUUCACUUAAGAAAGCUUUAUUCGGUUAGAAGUAUAUCGUUAAUAUGUUGAUAAAACUUGUCCUGUUGAAGCAUUUUUAGUUAAAGUGCUGUAAAUGUAUCGAUAAAAAUGUUUUGGAUGGCAUACAAUGCUGAAAGGUGUCAAAAAGUCAUGAACAUGUUUUAUGAUGCUCUGGUUUCCUUAAAGUGAAUGAACUGGCAGAUUUAGGCUCAUGCUUUGAGAAACCACCUUUUUGAUGUGUUAUUGUAUGAUAAAAUACAAAAUGUACCAGUUGGGGAGACCUUUAAGGUAAUUUUAUAAAGCAUCACAUCUUACAUAGUUGUAACCUUGGACCUAGGUAGGAUAAACUCUUCUGAAGUUAUCGUGUUGUAAAUGCAUGAAACCUAACUGGCAUUCCAUUUUAAUAUAAUGGUUAGUGGUGAAUGGCUGAGAAUAUUGGAUCAGUGGUCUAGGCUUGAGUGUAAGAAAUUUAUGGGCAGUAUAGAGCUUAUUUUUCAUAACCUGCUGGAAAAAUGAGGCAGCAGUGACUUGAAUGGUUUUGAAAUGGCUAUAAUUUAGAUAAUGAGGAGAUUUAUUAAGUUUUUCAAAUUUAGAAUUUUAGCAAAGUUUUUUUUUUUUACUGUAUUCAAGAUUUCUGAUUAUCAGGGUGUUUUUUUUUUCAAAAGGUCUGCAAAUUUUGGUACAAAUGUAUAAUGUGACACCAGAAACAAAGGUGAUGAGGCAAUUAUAGAAAUAAUGUGCUUGAACACAGGUAUUGGGACAAGAGGGGAGUAGAGUUGAGCAGAUUGAACAGAGGGGAGAGGGUGGGGGAGUUGUUUUCUUUUAAUAAACAAAGCAGUUGGGAUAUUUUUAUAUAUAAUUGACCUUCCUAGAGUGCUGCUGUACUGUGCCUUUUUUUCAAUUAAUGCAGAAGACAAUAUUAGAUCAGCUCAACAGCAGAUAAGUUUCAUGACGCUGACUUUAACAUUUAUUCCAAAUUUGCCUAUGACCAACAACUAAAACUUCACUUCCAGUGAGAGUCAUAGCCAGUUCUGCACUUGGACAGACCUCAAGAUUUGGCUGCUUAUUUGGCACUAAAUAUUUCAGUUCCUUUCCUAUUCAGCUUUGUUGUAUUUCUUUACUGGAAACAUCAUGAGUGACUGCUUUAUUAUAAUAUUUGUCUGACCCUUUUGCAAGUGCCUGGGACUUUGUUGCUGCAGGUACUGUUAGGGUUUUCAGCUGUAGGUGACUUGGGUUAGUUUUUACUGAUAUUUUUUGAUGAUGUAACAUUCCUUCACAAAAGAAUUUGAAAUGCAGAUAAAGCAAAAGUACACUGCUGUUGGGGGUGGGGGGUUGUUUUUGUAUGGGUGGGGUGAUGUAUGUGGUUUGUUUUUGUGUUGGUUUUUUUUGUUUGUUUUUUUUUGGACCAAGUGUUGGGUGGGUGUUUGGUCUGGAAUCUACUAUCCCUACCUUUUUUUUUUUUUUUUUUUUUUUUUUUUUAAUGUGCAAACCCAGCUAGCUGAUAAGGUUUGAUUCUAGUCAUCACUGUGUAAUAUGAUUGUAUGCUUUGAAAUUUAACAUUUAACAUUUUUAAAUGGGAAGUUUAGUAUUUAUCAGAUGUCAACUUGCAAUAGGCAUACAAUGUAUGUAGAGAUAAAGAGGAUAUUAUUUUUGGAAUGUGAAAAUUGUGCUAGUUCUACAUAGUUUAUAAUAUAAAAUUCAGAUCUGUUUACAUUUUCAUUUACUGCACUUUUUUUUUUUCUUGUCUCCUCAGUUUGCUUUCUUACAUUUGGAACUGAAAAGUUAACAGUAUUUUGUGUCUUUAUUCACCAGUUCACUUUCAAAUUUUAUUGUUAUUUCUUUCUGGCAUUCAUCAAAUCAAAAUUUAACACCAGUUUUCCAGUGUUAUCCUGUGUGUACAUGCAGGUAUGUGACCAUGAGAACUUCGUCCCCCAUUUCAAACUCUCCUCAUACUCCAGAUUUUCUUUUGUGAGAGAAUAGAUUGUCUGGAGUAAAAGUGUUUGAGCUUGUACUACUUUCAAGAUACCAGCAUAUAAAGGUUUAAGUUUAUACUGUUUUUGGAAAAUAAUUUUUUGUGUAAAGUUUGGUUGAGAAUAAGUGUUGUUAAGCUGAGCUUAAAUCAUUUGAAGCAGUAUUUCCAAUUUCUCUCUUUAGAAUUUAUUGGUGCUAAAUUUCCUCCCAUGUGCCAUGGGCUUCUAGUAAAUUAUUAAUAAAGAGAUUCCUUGCUAAUUAUGCAUCUACCAGCUACGUCAUAACAAGUUUUCUUUUUCACAAGAAGUGCUGAUGAAAAUGAAGCUCUGUUCUUAUUUCAAUGACAUAGAUCAUUAUCUCCGUGCAUUAUCUUUUAACAUGCAUUAAAGACUAAGCAUCUCUGUAGAACAUGUUGAGAGCUUUUCAUCAAGGUGUUUCACUCCUAUCUAGAUCAGACUCUUUUGUUCUUACUAUUUGCAUAACUUAACAAUGCUGUCACAAGAUCGCUAUGUACAGAAGUUUCUAUUAAAAACAAAUUGACAAUU